AUGCUUUUCAAGCGGGGCUCUUCACAAAUGGACGAAGGUCAUUGGGGCACGUCCAUCCCCAAUUCGAGAGCAGCAGAGAAGUCGAAAGCAGCGGUGAAGAUAGACAGGAGAAGGAGAGAGGGGCUCCGUGGCAAGAAGGCCAGCCAAAGACAAGCAAGACAGUUGGAUGGUUGGGAGUUGAACAGCAGAGGCGAGUGCGGUCUGCCGGCGAAGGGCGGCCUCGACUUGUUUAUCAACUUGAUGAGACCCCAGGUAGAUAUGCUCUGGCCUGUACAGGACCUUCUUCCUUCUGCAGCUUGGGCAGCAGAAUUCAAGUCAGACAUCGCUAAAACACCACAGCUCCUCCUGCCCCACGACAUGUCUUUCAACACGACCUCGCUGCUCAACACCAACGGGGUCGAUGAGAGUGGAUCCCAGCACUUGCCACCUUCUGGCCUUGGGAUUUACGAUCAGAGAGCUUUUCCGAUGCGAUCAGGCAGCAUAGGCAACAGUGCGACUUUUCUGGCAGCAGACGAACAGACUGGUUUGAAUCGCUCUUCACCUUAUGUUUCAGUUUCACAUUAUUCCCACCCUCAGUCUCAGCCAACAGAUCCGAGGACAAACUGGCAUCAGUCGACCACCGCAAACCUUCUUUCUGAACAGGGCCUCUCCAACCCCUCCUAUUGGCAACAGAGCGGUGAACCGGCCGCGGUAACUUCGUUUGUCUCUUCUCAUGGUGGAGACCACUGGGAUCAAGAGACCGGGUUCGGAGCCAACGCUGUGAUGAUGGAGUACAAUCAGAGCCAUCACUACACCUUGGGCCACAACACGCUCCCACAAACGGACCAUGGGCUGGGUCAUGGACUUCCUCUGCAAGACCUCCCAUUCUCUGCUCCAAGUGCGAUGUCGGAGGAUGAUGACUUCGACUAUCUCAGUAACCCAUUUCCAAAUAUGCUUUACGAUUCCUCCAGCGGCAGCUUCUCGUCAACUGGCGCGUCAGACAUGUUGGAAGCCAUGGCUCUGAGAGACAGCAGCGAACCUCUUCGAUCCCCCUGGCCAGCGUCGAAAGAGCACCUCGGGAACAAGACGCUUCCGUGCAUCAGACCUGCUUCCCCACACCAAGCCGAUGCUUGGAUCUGGAACUCGAACUCGGUACACAAUCAUCUGCCCAUGUUUCAAUCCUGUGCCUGCGACUCUGAUCUUCCCCAUGCCUCAUCGUCCGAGUCCAUCCGAACAAGCUUUCUGGCGGACUCGUCCUCUACUGCUACGUCCUCUUAUCCCAUGGAAAUCGCCGAGCAACAUCGCCCGUCCAAAGGACGCAAGACUCUACCUGACCGACCGGUGCCACGCCUACUGGCAGCUGCCGUGCUCAAGAGCAAUGACAAGCCGGCCACCCCUCAAGGAAGCAAGUCUCGCCGGUCAAAAAGCUCAGCCGAGCCCAUGUCACCUUCAGUCAGAAAGACCAGCAAGCUGGCCGCCAAACCGAGACAUCUCGCAGCUCUGCCAGCCUUGACACCGAACCCUCGCACUCGUUCUCAGUCUUCACCAGGUCCGAGUCCAUCCUUGUACGAAGCCGGCGAAGAAGUGACCGAGGCCGAGUUGGCCGAUCGCAAGGCCAAGGACGAGUUCCUUAUCGCCAGCCGGCAAAAGGGAAUGACGUACAAGCAGAUCCGCCAGGAGGGUGGCUACACUGAGGCCGAGUCGACUCUCCGAGGCCGGUAUCGUGCUCUGACCAAGAGUAGGGAGGAGAGGGUGAGGAAGCCGGAGUGGUCCGAGAUGGAUUUGAUCCUUCUCGAGCGAGGUGUCCGCGAGCUAUCACCCCCUACCUCGAAUCGUGACAAUAAUUCGGAGGGCCCACAGUCGACCAAGGUUCCGUGGAAGAGGGUGGCCGAGUAUAUUGUCCAGAACGGGGGCAGCUAUCACUUUGGUAAUUCGACUUGCCGUAAGAAGUGGGAUGAGUUGGUGAAGGAGCAGACGGCGCUAGGCAAGGAUCCCAGGGUGCCGUUCUUUGAGCAGAAUACCAGAGUCAUGAGAGCGGCUUUUGGGGACAUGCUGCGGGGGCAAGGGGGUGGUUGUCGGUAUGGUCGUGAGUGA